CAGGUAGUGGUAGAGCUCUACAUGGAGCAGGAGCGCAAUUUCUAGCUGCUGCGCUGUCGCUGAAAUAUUACGUCAUCUGACAUUGGCAAGGCAUGAAGCUUUGAAGUGAGGUACCAUGGCAUUAAAAUGUAUUGGAACGGUGCUUUGUGAACUUGCAACAGGGGCUCAACACAGAGCUUUUAGCUUGUCAGCUGCCGCUGCAGCUAUUCAGAAGAUGACCCGGGUAAGAGUUGUGGACAACAGUGCUCUCGGGAAUACGCCAUACCAUCGUGCACCUCGAGUCAUCCAUGUGUACAACAAGAACGGGGUAGGCAAGGUUGGUGACCGAGUCCUGUUGGCGAUCAAAGGACAGAAGAAGAAGGCCCUCAUUGUGGGACACAAGAUGCCUGGUGCAAGAAUGACUCCUCGAUUUGAUUCCAACAAUGUUGUUUUGAUUGAGGACAAUGGGAAUCCUACAGGAACAAGAAUCAAAGUGCCCAUCCCCACACAUUUACGCAAAAUGGAAGGAGACUAUUCAAAGUUAUUAGCUAUAGCACAGAAGUUUGUGUAGCAAGAUGGACUGUGUGUUGAGCGGAUGCUGACUUAUUUGGGUAUAGAUUGAAGCCCACCAGCUGGGAUGACAAAUCUGUGUGAUGAGGUCCUUUAAUAAUUUAUGUGAAAUUUGCCAUUUUUACUGUAACAAGAAAUAAAUACACAUGAUGACA